UUUAUUUUAUUACUAAAUAAAAAAAUAAAAAUCACCUCUCUCUCUCUCUCUCUCUCUCUCUCUCUCUACACUCCUUUUAUUGUGCUUGUUCAGUUAUUUGAUAUUCCCCUUACGAGGCUCCGACUUAAGCGUCUCUCUCUGUCCAGUCUCCACUGGCAAAUCACCAUUUGCUCCGCUGCAUUUGGUAGGAAAACUGAUCGCCGGGCAGAAAAACAAUGGCGUCGCCAUCCGUACUCCUCUCCCUCUUCCUUCUGUUCGUAGCGUUCCUCAUUAGCCCAUCGGAGCCGAAGCUCACCGUCGAUCACUACAAGAAAUCCUGCCCAAAUUUCGAGCAGAUCAUGCUGGAAACCAUCACUAACAAGCAAAUCACGAGCCCCUCCACGGCAGCCGGCACACUCCGGAUCUUCUUCCACGACUGCUUCGUCGACGGCUGCGACGCCUCCGUCCUCAUUUCCUCCACCCCCUUCAACAAGGCCGAACGCGACGCCGACAUUAACCACUCUCUCCCCGGCGACGGCUUCGACGUCGUCGUCCGGGCCAAGACCGCCCUCGAGCUCGAAUGCCCCGGCGUAGUCUCCUGCGCCGACAUCCUCGCCUUUGCCACCCGCGACCUCCUCACCAUGGUCGGCGGUCCGCACUACAUCGUCUACUUAGGUCGCAAGGACGGAUUGGUCUCCAACGCCUCAAGCGUCGAAGGCCAUCUCCCGAGACCCACCAUGUCGAUGACGCAGCUGCUCUCGAUUUUUGAGUCCAAAGGCUUCACGGUGGCGGAAAUGGUGGCUCUGAGCGGCGCCCACACCAUUGGAUUCUCGCAUUGUUCGGAGUUCACUCAAGGGAUCUACAAUUACAGCACGAGUUCGCAGAUUGAUCCUUCUUAUAACCCUAGAUUCGCUGCGGGAUUGCAAAAGGCGUGCAGCGAUUACCAGAAAAAUCCGACGCUGUCAGUGUUCAAUGAUAUCAUGACGCCGAACAAAUUUGACAACCUCUAUUUUCAGAAUCUGGCGAAGGGGUUGGGGCUGCUGUCUUCGGAUCACGCCUUGUACUCAGAUUCGAGGACGAAGCCUUUCGUGGAGACUUACGCCAAGGACCAGGACGCUUUCUUUCAGGCAUUUGGUCGAGCAAUGCAGAAGCUUAGUCUCGUCGGUGUCAAGCUGGGCCGGAACGGUGAGAUCCGGCGCGAGUGUAAUGCUUUCAACUAAAUUAAAUCUUAAAUGAGUCAUUUGAAUUUUGAAUUGAUGACUUUGAUGAUGGAGUUAAGAGUGCUGAAAAAUCUCUGGAUUUUGAUAGUGAGGGUUUGGCUUCCAUUAAAUUCUUUUGGUCGGGUAACUUGGGUGACGAUCUGAUUUUAUGUAUACAUGCUUGUAUUAUGGAUUCAUUGUCUUGCUAAGGAUAAUAUACAUCUUCAUUUAUAUU